CUCUCCUUGCAUUGCAGGUCUGGCUGCUCCUCAGCCAAAACCCUGCUCGCUCCAACAAGCAAACCGACCACCUGCUUUUGAUAUGUCUGUUAAGAAGAGCAGCCUCUCUGCUCACAACAAAAACAACAAUAGGCAAGCAAUUGCCGAGGUCAAUGAUAAUGCUGCAGCAAAUGGCACAAAACGUAGGAGAUUUGGCAAGUGGUUUUCGUUCAGGGAGGUGUCGAUGGAGCCUAAGAAGUCAUUGGAGAAGCAGGAUUCCGGGAAGCUGAAAGCUGAGAUCAGGAGAUGGGCUAAAGCUGUUGCAACUUAUGCCCGGCAAGUCAGUGGCCGCCUUGGUAGCUCCUUGAGGAAGAGCAGCAGGAUCAGAAGCUCCUCCAAUUCUUCCUCUUCUUCUUCUUCAUCACCAUCGUCGUUACAACCACCAUUGGCAUCAUCCUCAUCAUCAAUAUCACCAAGAUUGUGAAAUAAAAUAUGUGUAGCCAU